AUGCGUGGUUGUCAAGAGCAUAGGGAUUUGUGCUGGGGAGAUGUAAAGCUUUGUAAGGACGCACAAGGUAACGACUAUCUAGUUUACAAUGAAAGACAGACAAAAACAAGGUCUGGAGUAGACGCCUCAAACGUUCGAAAAGUUUCCCCGAAAAUGUUUUCAACUGGUGAUGAACGAGAUCCUGUCGUGGCGUACAAAAUUUACCGUGAAAAGCGACCGGAAAACAUGAUGGCUGACGAUUCGCCAUUCUACUUGGGAAUAAACCACACGAAAACAGACGGCUCCAAAAAGCACUGGUUCAAGUCGGCACCUAUGGGUGUAAAUAAAUUAAACACUUUGAUGAAAACAAUGGCUUCAAAAGCAAACAUCAACAACGAGCGACUCACGAACCAUAGUGCUCGUAAACACAUGAUUCAAAAACUUAAUGACAGUGAAAUUCCGCCAACGCAUAUAAUGCAGUUAAGUGGGCACAAGAACGUGCAAAGCAUAACAAACUAUAGUAGCUUGAACCUAAAUCAACAAAAAAACAUAUCAGGCAUCUUAAGCCGAGCAUCGUUUUGUUUGUUUUUAUAGUUCAAUAAAGACAAUAUAGUUCAGUAAGGACAACUCAGUUCAUAAAUUACACUUAAGUUCACCAACUAUUGCACGAGUUCAGAAAAUGUCACAACUAUAAAUAUAUCUUUAUUUGUGUCGCAGAUGCAUAAAGGCAGGAGAAGGGGAUUUGAAUGGAUAUGCGCUUACUAAUGAUAAUGAUAAUAUUUAACUUAAAUUAUUUAUUAAUUUUUAUUAUUAUUGUUUUUUUUUUUUUUUUUUUUUUUUUUUUUUUUUUUUUUUUUUUUUUUUGAGGGGUUCUCUCAGGAGCUCAUGUGUAACCUUAUAACAUAAAUAAUAACAAGAACAACAGCUAAGCGACAAAGUACAGUUCAGUUCAGUUCACCAAGUUGCGAGGGGCUUGUUUAUAACACUUCAACAUCAGUUUUCUUUUUUGUUAGUUCAAUAACGACACAGCAGUUCAAUAAGUAGACAACAGAUCAAUAACCACACCAGUGGUUCAAUGACUACACAUCAGUUCAUUGAGCGUAAACUACAUGCAGCUGCGGGAAGAAUAGCCACAAAUACGUUAGUUAUUUUAAGAAUGCAGAGCAUUAAGUAAGUGGUAAAUACUCAUUUAGCUAUGGUACGAGAACUAAAUAGAUAAAUAGCUAUGUUACACUGUUAUUAAGUACUAGUGAGCUCACUAAUAUAGACGGGAACAUAGACUGAUGUUAUUUAAAAUUUUAGUCCCCUCAGAAGGUCUGUCAUUCUCAUCAGGGGCACAGUGAACAGACCUGGAAAGAGAGUCAGCGCCGAAAGGGUAAAGCCAAAUCGGCCCGGAGAAAACUUCAACUAAAUAACCCGACAACGCGUGCGUUAAUAAAGCAGAAAAAAAUAGAGUUAACCGUGGAUGAAAUCAAUCUUGUUUUUUGACUCUCUUUCCGCACGUUUCAAACCGUGGUACCACAGCUGGCCCUACGUGCUUGAGUUGACUACCAUCAAUCUAUGUUUAAAAUAGUUAUUUUUACCGUACAAGUCCUGAACUUUCAACUCUCUUGGUUGUUUCAAACUUGAAAGGCAGCUGCUCGCUUCCUGACCAUAUUUCAAAAAUCUGCUUUCGAUAUGAUAAUGUCUGUGCAAAUAUGAGAGAUCAUAACAAUUGCAGGCGAUGCCUCACCAAGGUACCAACAAUUUUCUUUCCUAAACGAAUUAGAAAUAAAGUUUCAAAUGCGUCUAACUCACCGCAGCUUGAAUAAAAACAACUGGUAGGAUGACUGCACUUUGUUUUCUUCACUCGAUGGCUUACGUCAUUUCAUAUCACGCGCAAUCUCUUCAAAAGUUAACCGGCAACCGCCGUGAACUUUCGCGCGCAACUUGGAGGAGUUACGUCACAGUAAUCCUAGUGUCCAAGUGAGGCCUUUUUCUCACUAGUUCGGUUUUCUUAUUCCAAAGAAGAUAUAGAAUUAAAUUACAUAAAGUUUAUGUCUGUAAAAAUGUACAGCAUUUUUUAGUUAACCAUUUCCAUUAUGGGCUAAGCCAAAAAAUACAUAAAUAAAUAAAUGUGAUGAAGGUGACAUACAAACACACAAACAAUUAUUUAAAUAACAAUAAUAAUGAGUUAUGACGGGGUUUUACAACCAUGAUACCCCGCCCAUAAACAUCCCUAUCUGAUUUUACAAGCAACCAAAAGGAUGCCUGUCGCACGAGUGCAAUGACCCUCUACAGCCGUGAACAAGCUGACAGAUCUGGCGCACAGCGGGCAGUUUAAGGGAAAGACAUGGUUGCCAUAUACCAGAAUAGCCCAGUAUAUGGAUUCAAUAGCUCAGUUUUCUUUUUUGUUAGUUCAAUAACGACACAGCAGUUCAAUAAGUAGACAACAGAUCAAUAACCACACCAGUGGUUCAAUGACUACACAUCAGUUCAUUGAGCGUAAACUACAUGCAGCUGCGGGAAGAAUAGCCACAAAUACGUUAGUUAUUUUUUAAUAAGAAUGCAUAGCAUUAAGUAAGUGGUAAAUACUCAUUUAGUUAUGGUACGAGAACUAAAUAGAUAAAUAGCUAUGUUACACUGUUAUUAAGUACUAGUGAGCUCACUAAUAUAGACGGGAACAUAGACUGAUGUUAAUUGAAAUUUUAGUCCCCUCAGAAGGUCUGUCAUUCUCAUCAGGGGCACAGUGAACAGACCUGGAAAGAGAGUCAGCGCCGAAAGGGUAAAGCCAAAUCGGUCCGGAGAAAACUUCAACUAAAUAACCCGACAACGCGUGCGUUAAUAAAGCAGAAAAAAAUAGAGUUAACCGUGGAUGAAAUCAAUCUUGUUUUUUGACUCUCUUUCCGCACGUUUCAAACCAUGGUACCACAGCUGGCCCUACGUGCUUGAGUUGACUACCAUCAAUCUAUGUUUAAAAUAGUUAUUGUUUGUUUUUAUAGUUCAAUAAAGACAAUAUAGUUCAGUAAGGACAACUCAGUUCAUAAAUUACACUUAAGUUCACCAACUAUUGCACGAGUUCAGAAAAUGUCACAACUAUAAAUAUAUCUUUAUUUGUGUCGCAGAUGCAUAAAGGCAGGAGAAGGGGAUUUGAAUGGAUAUGCGCUUACUAAUGAUAAUGAUAAUAUUUAACUUAAAUUAUUUAUUAAUUUUUAUUAUUAUUGUUAAUUUUUUUUUUUUUUUUUUUUCGAGUGAAGAAAACAAAGUGCAGUCAUCCUACCAGUUGUUUUUAUUCAAGCUGCGGUGAGUUAGACGCAUUUGAAACUUUAUUUCUAAUUCGUUUAGGAAAGAAAAUUGUUGGUACCUUGGUGAGGUAUCGCCUGCAAUUGUUAUGAUCUCUCAUAUUUGCACAGACAUUAUCAUAUCGAAAGCAGAUUUUUGAAAUAUGGUCAGGAAGCGAGCAGCUGCCUUUCAAGUUUGAAACAACCAAGAAAGUUGAAAGUUCAGGACUUGUACGGUAAAAAUAACUAUUUUAAACAUAGAUUGAUGGUAGUCAACUCAAGCACGUAGGGCCAGCUGUGGUACCACGGUUUGAACACCGACGUGCGGAAAGAGAGUCAAAAAACAAGAUUGAUUUCAUCCACGGUUAACUCUAUUUUUUUCUGCUUUAUUAACGCGCGCGUUGUCGGGUUAUUUAGUUGAAGUUUUCUCCGGACCGAUUUGGCUUUACCCUUUCGGCGCUGACUCUCUUUCCAGGUCUGUUCACUGUGCCCCUGAUGAGAAUGACAGACCUUCUGAGGGGACUAAAAUUUUAAAUAACAUCAGUCUAUGUUCCCGUCUAUAUUAGUGAGCUCACUCGUGCUUAAUAACAGUGUAACAUAGCUAUUUAUCUAUUUAGUUCUCGUACCAUAGCUAAAUGAGUAUUUACCACUUACUUAAUGCUAUGCAUUCUUAUUAAAAAAUAAGUAACGUAUUUGUGGCUAUUCUUCCCGCAGCUGCAUGUAGUUUACGCUCAAUGGACUGAUGUGUAGUCAUUGAACCACUGGUGUGGUUAUUGAUCUGUUGUCUACUUAUUGAACUGCUGUGUCGUUAUUGAACUAACAAAAAAGAAAACUAAAAUCAAAAAAUGUUAUUAAAAGUUCUUAUUACCCAGUUCCCUUAAAUCCCCUUAAUUUAAAAGUUAACAAAUAAUGCCACCCUGUCCACCACCCCCCAGAAAAUAAACUCCUUGUAACCGAGCAGUCUGAGAUCAGAAAAUAUAAUAAACGCCCCAAAAAACCAAACCAAGCCGUGUAAGCAAUCUAAAAUUGGUUUCUAUUCAUGCAAAAACAAUAACAAGGGUGCGUAAUGUAUACUGCAAUGAACCACCGUACAGUCUUGCGGCAACAGAGGUUUUUGCUGAGCUGCACCUGUUAUUGGCUACCUCGUGCCUACUGGACAGAUACCACAAAACUACGCAAGCAGGAUGACGGAGCACUGUAAACAAGCCCCCCGUAAAAUGAUGCACUGAACUGUACAUUAAAAUCACGAAAGCAGGAUGUUGAAGUGUUAUAAACAAGCCCCUCGCAACUUGGUGAACUGAACUGAACUGUACUUUGUCGCUUAGCUGUUGUUCUUGUUAUUAUUUAUGUUAUAAGGUUACACAUGAGCUCCUGAGAGAACCCCUCAAAAAAAAAAAAAAAAAAAAAAAAAAAAAAAAACAAUAAUAAUAAAAAUUAAUAAAUAAUUUAAGUUAAAUAUUAUCAUUAUCAUUAGUAAGCGCAUAUCCAUUCAAAUCCCCUUCUCCUGCCUUUAUGCAUCUGUGACACAAAUAAAGAUGUAUUUAUAGUUGUGACAUUUUCUGAACUCGUGCAAUAGUUGGUGAACUUAAGUGUAAUUUAUGAACUGAGUUGUCCUUACUGAACUAUAUUGUCUUUAUUGAACUAUAAAAACAAACAAAACUGAGCAAUUGAAUCCAUAUACUGGGCUAUUCUGGUAUAUGGCAACCAUGUCUUUCCCUUAAACUGCCCGCUGUGCGCCAGACCUGUCAGCUUUACUGCUGUAGAGGGUCAUUGCACUCGGCGACAGGCAUCCUUUUGGUUGCUUGUAAAAUCAGAUAGGGAUGUUUGUGGGCGGGGUACCAUGGUUGUUAAACCCCGUCACAACUCCAUUAUCACUUUACGGUUAACAAUCACACUCGCGGCACCAUAUUUCAUCAAGCCGCCUUUUAUUUAAAAAUUUAUACUUCAUUGUAAUUAUACAUAGACGUUUGAUAACAAUACAGGGUAUGAUAACCAGAUAUGCGGCAUUGUCAAUUAACUGUAAUAUUGUAUCAUUUUCUCUUGUAACUUUUUCCUAGUACAGAAAAUAUUCCUUAAUUUAGAAUCGACUCCCUUAGAAAUGAAAAAAGAGACUGGUAAGGGUAAACCCCCCUUCGCCUUCAUUAAUAUUCUCUCUACAGACGUAGACACAGAAUCAACCUUAUCAUACAUCAAUGGGUAGGCAAAUAAACCACCUAAAGACCUCUUGGUCCUUUUAAACUUCAUACGAUAUAAUCCCUCCUUAAAACUAAUCACAUUCCUGUGAAUAAACCCUUUGGUGUAACCAGACUUCAACAAACGCAGGGUAAACAAUUUCAAGGAUAACUUAUAAUCAUCCUCACAAAGGGAAUUCCUAAUAUAACGCAUGCACUCAGUCCUCACUAAGCCCCUAAAGACAUGUUUUGGAUGGUUAGAUUUAGGGUUUAAAUAAGCAAACUUAUGAAAUUUCUUAAAAAAUGUCCAAUAAUGUAUAACCCCUGUAGAUAAGGUUAAAUCAUCCAAAGCUAACACUAAAUCUAAGUACUGACAAGUCACAUAGUUUUUAACAAUGUUUACUACCAGGUUACUAGGGUAAAAGAGCAUUAUUUUCUGUAACUCGGACAGUAUACUUUUACUGUCCCUUACAGAAAACAAAAUAAUACCAUCAUCAACAUACCUUUUCAAAAAGAUUACUUUUUUAGCAUCACGCACUAAAAAAUACUUAUACUCAGAGUAUAACAAAACUAAAUCGCUAAUUUCCUUACUAAAAUAACAACCCAUGCUAACCCCCUUGACCUGUUUAAAUAAACUAUUACCCACAUUAAAAUAAUUCCAAUUAUUGCAAAAUGAAUACAAGUCUAAAAGAAAAUCCACUUCUGCCUUCCCCAUUCCAAGUAUUAUUGCCAAUUCCCUUAGUGUAUUGCUAGCGUCCUUAAAGAGAAUAUUUGUGUACAAAUCCUUAAAAUCAUAAGUUACAAAGGUACAUCCACCCACUGAACUCAGAUUAGUUUUCCCUAUUAAACCAACCAAUUCAUAACUAUUCCCUAAAAUGGAAUAGGGUAAUGAGCUACUUUCUAAAUAAUCCUUAAACCUAACCAAAAUUGACCUAAAUCUCUUCUGUAAAUAUUUAGAUGCCUCUACAGUACACCACCCAUACCCAGUUACUAUGGGCCUACCUGUUAAUAGACUUUCAUUCUCCAUACUAGCUUUUUCUUUUAGUUUGUGUACUUUUGGAAAUAAAUUCAGGCUAGGGAGAGUGUAAUCCUCUAUACUAUUUCCUAAAUUAAAGCCUUUAUAAUCCUUAACUGGUAACACCUCGAUAUGUUUCUUUAAAAUCGUUUGUAAAGAUAACCGACAUCUAAGUUUUAUACUGUCUACAUCCUCCAUAUUCCCUACCAUUUGAUAAAAACCAGAUUUCAAAUGCCUAUCAUAUUCCUGUUUAUACCAAGAAGAAUUGUUAAGAGACCAGCCCAGGUUUUUGUCACUCUCCCUCAGAAUAUAAGCAUUAUCCUGACUUAAAUCUCUUAAUAAUUUUAACCCUCCUUUGGUUACUAGUCAUCCCCCUAACCGUAUUAUCAUGUAAAGAUCUACUUCUAACACUUCUAACAUGAUUUACAGAGUAAAAAUCAACUAAUUUUAAAACCUUGGUUAUAAACCUCCUCUCCAAACAACCUAUUCUAGGAUGGAAAAAAUUACGAAAAAUUUCCUUCCUAGCAUUUCUGCUACGCCCUCCCCCUUUCUUCCUAACCCUCACCCUAACACCGGCUAAAUAUUUAACAUAACUCAAUACAGCUAGUUCAGUCUGUUUUUUAACUGCACGCUGCUUCUUUAUACCAUCGGAUGUAGGUUUUCCUUGCAAAACGAAACCACCCCCAUAGUUCAAUAUCUGCCGCUCUUCUUUGGUUACAUUGCAUCCAGUGAAGUUGUGUAAAUUCACUCUAUCGCGUUGCCUUUCUCUUUCAAAUGUAAUGUCCUCACCAUUUAGUCUAUCCUUAUGAAUAAAGGAUUUUAAAUCACUUUGUGAUAGGGCAUCCCUCUCUUUUACAAAGGACAGAAAACAACGCAUAAUUAAGUGUCUUUCAGUUCACCCGCAAUUACUAGGCCUCCUCUUGCAUAUCAUUUCUCCUUUAUUUUGGUAUAAUAAUCUCGUCCUUUCUUGAUUCUCCACUGUGUUAUUUCAGAGGUAAUUAACUUCGUCCUACUCUCUACUAUAUCAUCAACUUUUCUCUUUAUGGCCGCUAACUCAAAACCCAUGCAUUUCUCUUUUUCUUCCAGAACCAACCUUGAUUUUUCAUCCUUACAUGUCACUACACCACAAACAGCUGUAUACUCCACAUCUGCUUCCUUUCUUAAAUUAUAUAAUUCAAACUUUAACCGUGCCAACGUACUGUACAGUCUAUCAAUCUUUUGCAAAUCACUUCUUAUAGCAGAAGUAAUAUGGCGAGAUUUCAAAACCUCUACAUACCAAGUCUCUAUUUCUUUAGGCAUUGUUCCUUUUAAGCACCUUCACAAAAAAUCUUUCUCACAAGUUUCAAAAUAGCGUUUACACGUAAGUAUUUCUGCUCACGCCUCAAAAUUUUCAAAGAAAACGAACAAUUCUUUGUUCAACAGUAUUCUGCUCGCAGCGCGCACUGGAAAUAGUUAACUUCCCUUUAAAAAUUUUUAAAAAAACUUGACGUAAUCUAUGCAAUCACGUAGCCCAGACGGAUUGCACAAGUUCACUAGUCGUCUCCAUACACAGCGAACUUCGCAACUAAGGUAAGCAUUCCUAACCCUUCAAUCUCUGCAUUUAUCCUCAUCAUUCAGUAUAACACUUUUUGACAAGGAAAUAACACCUGUGCCUGUCGUUAAGGACUUGGGUGUUCUUCUCGACACACGCCUCAGUUAUAACCAACAUAUCACUGAGAUUGCCUCUAAAUGCCUUUUUAAAUUGUACCAAAUUAACAGAAUCAAGCACCUCCUGGAUAGGAAAACACUUCUGUUAGUAAUAAAUUCAUUUGUCUUUAGUAAACUCCAAUAUUGUUCAACUGUCUGGAGUAAUACCAGCAGCAGCAAUAUUGACAAGUUACAAAAAGUCCAAAACUUUGCUGGGCGAAUUAUUCUGGGACUAAGAAAGUAUGACCAUAUCUCGGAUGGGUUGCGAUCGUUGAAAUGGCUUCCUAUUAGAGAGAAACUCAUUCUAAAUGACGCUACUAUGAUGCACAAAUGUAUUAACAAGCUUGUUCCAGACUAUCUUGCUGAUAUGUUUAAAUCACGUUCUCAAGUCCAUAAUAGACAAACUCGAUCAUCUGGUGCUUUGGAUAUACCUUUAUGUCGCCUGUCAACAGGGCAGCGCUCCUUUGCUUUCAGAGGAGCCAAACUCUGGAACUCCUUGAAUGAUAACAUUAAGUCCUUAAAAUGCCCCAGGAAUUUUAGACGUCAUCUUGCAAAUGUUUUAUUAAGUUGAUAUAUUAUAUUAUUGAUAUAUAUUUUGUAAUUAUAAUAUUAUUGUAUUUACAUUCUCAAUUAAUUUAUAUAUUUGUAUUUUUUUUAUUCUAUUGAGCUGAAAAGCCCACUUAGGGAGCAUCAAUAAAGUGUAUGUAUGUAUGUAUGUAUGUAUCCUAAGUAAAAACACCUAGUAUGUAGAUACCUUACGAGGGAAAAAACAAACCAAAAUUCACUCACCCUUACUACUAUAGACCACCGCAAUGGACACUCCAACAUGCCAAAAAGGAAAACGACGUAGGGUAGAGGUAUGUAGCAGUAUUUUUAAAACAAAAGACAUCCUUAAAUGACAAAAAGGCACGUAGGGCUCAGCCAAAUGGUACCAUAAUAGCGUCGAAACGUGUGGAAACAGGCUCUUUCUCCGAAACCCGCCCCAUUCCCCAUCGGUUUCUUUAUAUUCUGCUAACCCUUCCCCUCCCUGACCUGUUUCCUUGAUUGCCUUCUGAGCUCCUGAUGAGACAAGGCUUUCAACCUUAUGUUUAGAUAGGAUGUUUUUCGUUUUUAAAGAUGAGCUCAUCAUAUCUUAUUUUUCAUAUACACCUGGGUAGCAUAAAAUAACAAUAGUAGACAUAUUAUCAUAGGUAGGUCACUCAUUUUUACAGCUAUCACCAGAGGAAGAAAAAGAAAUCAGAUCGUGCCUGGCGGCCAUCGAAAUGGAAGAGAAAAGAAAAGAAAUAGAGGGAAAAGAGGAAAAAUUGCGGAUGAGGGAAGAGGAAUUAAAACUAAAAGAAAGAGAAAGCGAAUUAGAGAAAAAAGAAAAAGUUUUAAAGGAGAAAGAAGAGAAACUUAAAGAGAAAGCAAAUGAGUUAAAGAAAACCACAAUGGAAGCCAAACGGUUGGCUGCCCAGCUCCAAUUUAUGGCCGGGCAGCUUGACCGUUUGGCAAACCACGUACUUUCAGAAAUGACAAAAUGAAGAAUUAUUUUCGCCGGACAUUAAAGAAGUUUUUUAGACCGUCAGGUGUAAGUUGAUUUAUUGCAUAAUUAUUUUCUUUAUUUCACUACAACCAUAAAAAACAAAAUUUUUUUUUUUUUCUGUGUAAUAAUUAAUAUAUUUUAUGUCUAAGAGAAAUUUUGCACAUCUUGUAAGACCAACAUAUAUUUUUCAAAAAAAUACAAAGCCCAAGUGCUGUAUAUUUUUUGCUGUAGUAAAUAAGAAAUCCGUGUGAUCUCUUGUGAAGGAAAAGUUCUCCUCUUAUUGCAAGGUAUGUGCCCCAUCGCUGUCGUGCUCCACUUCCUCUGUUACCCCUGUCUUUAAUCAAUCGCUCCUCUCUUUAUCUAUCACUCGAAUCUUGGUCGAUAAAUCCCCUUUCCUAUAACAGCAAUCCUAUAUCUUGAAGCAUUGGUUUUCCUCGACAUCCCUCUUGCCCUCUUUUUUUGCACAGGCAACCUAAUUAAAAUCAGUAAAUAAUGUCAUUACAGGUCCAUAAUACAUAAAUUAUUUCCCCUUAUUCUCGUAAGUUACAAAUUAACAAAUAAUGCAUCCCUCUAGUUCCGUCCCUUUUUGCUGAGGCAACUGAAUUAGAAUUAAAAUCAAAAAAUGUUAUUAAAAGUUCUUAUUACCCAGUUCCCUUAAAUCCCCUUAAUUUAAAAGUUAACAAAUAAUGCCACCCUGUCCACCACCCCCCAGAAAAUAAACUCCUUGUAACCGAGCAGUCUGAGAUCAGAAAAUAUAAUAAACCCCCCAAAAAACCAAACCAAGCCGUGUAAGCAAUCUAAAAUUGGUUUCUAUUCAUGCAAAAACAAUAACAAGGGUGCGUAAUGUAUACUGCAAUGAACCACCGUACAGUCUUGCGGCAACAGAGGUUUUUGCUGAGCUGCACCUGUUAUUGGCUACCUCGUGCCUACUGGACAGAUACCACAAAACUACGCAAGCAGGAUGACGGAGCACUGUAAACAAGCCCCCCGUAAAAUGAUGCACUGAACUGUACAUUAAAAUCACGAAAGCAGGAUGUUGAAGUGUUAUAAACAAGCCCCUCGCAACUUGGUGAACUGAACUGAACUGUACUUUGUCGCUUAGCUGUUGUUCUUGUUAUUAUUUAUGUUAUAAGGUUACACAUGAGCUCCUGAGAGAACCCCAAAAAAAAAAAAAAAAAAAAAAAAAAAAAAAAAAAACAAUAAUAAUAAAAAUUAAUAAAUAAUUUAAGUUAAAUAUUAUCAUUAUCAUUAGUAAGCGCAUAUCCAUUCAAAUCCCCUUCUCCUGCCUUUAUGCAUCUGCGACACAAAUAAAGAUAUAUUUAUAGUUGUGACAUUUUCUGAACUCGUGCAAUAGUUGGUGAACUUAAGUGUAAUUUAUGAACUGAGUUGUCCUUACUGAACUAUAUUGUCUUUAUUGAACUAUAAAAACAAACAAAAGCGAGCACUUGCACUAGUAAAACCCCGAUGAGUUUUUUUGAUGGAGCAGUAAUAAGUGGAGGACAAUUUACGAUUUCCAUUAAUGCGCUUACUACCUCGCCGACCAUUCAAACCAGGAGUUCCGUCACCGAAACCACCGAAAAAAGGUGGAAGAGAAUCCGAAUUGAGGAGUCCGACUCGGAUUAA